GACCAAAAUUAUCCAAUCUUCACCUCCCACACCCCGAGCUCGAGCUCGCACGGCUGCCGCCGCCGAGCUCCGCCCGCCGCCAUGGCGUCCGCCUCCCUGUCGCUCCGCCUCCCCACGCCCUCCACUGCACCUUCCUCCGGGGCCUCCUCCUCGUUCCUCUCCCUGCCUCCGACCUUGCUCCGCCAGGCGCGGGGUGGCGCGGCGGCGUCCUCCGCGCUGGUGGCGCGGGCGGCGUCGGGGGGGAGCCCGAACCCGCUCUUCAACCCGAGGGCCGACCCGUUCCUGUCCACCCUCGCCGCCGCCUCGCCGGAGGAGCUCCAGGCUGCGGCGGCAGGUGGCGGGCGCCGCGGCGACGACCACCUGCCGUUCCUCGAGAUCUUCCAGAACGCCAAGCUCAUGGCCUCGCCCGCGCAGGUGGAACGAUCUAGCAGUUCUUACAGCCAGCACAGGCCUAGAAGGCCUCCCCCUGACUUGCCAUCAUUGCUUCUUCAUGGCCGAAUUGUUUACAUUGGCAUGCCGUUGGUGCCAGCAGUUACAGAGCUUGUCGUUGCGCAGUUGAUGUACCUUGAGUGGAUGAAUAGUAAAGAACCUGUUUACAUAUACAUCAACUCCACAGGAACAGCUCGUGAUGAUGGUGAACCAGUUGGAAUGGAGAGUGAAGGUUUUGCUAUCUAUGAUGCCAUGAUGCGGAUGAAAACUGAGAUCCAUACACUUUGUAUAGGAGCUGCGGCAGGUCAUGCCUGUCUUGUACUUGCAGCAGGAAAGAAAGGAAAACGCUAUAUGUUCCCUCAUGCCAAAGCUAUGAUUCAGCAACCUCGUAUCCCUUCAUAUGGAAUGAUGCAAGCAUCUGAUGUUGUUAUUCGGGCGAAAGAGGUUGUGCACAACAGGAACACCUUAGUGAGACUUUUAGCAAGGCACACGGGGAAUCCACCAGAGAAAAUAGACAAGGUGAUGAGAGGACCAUUUUAUAUGGAUUCCUUGAAGGCAAAGGAGUUUGGUGUCAUUGACAAGAUCCUUUGGCGUGGUCAAGAGAAGUACAUGGCUGACAUGCUCUCCCCAGAGGAAUGGGACAAAGUUGCUGGAGUCAGACGCCCUGAUAUUAUGUGAUGUUGUACAUUGAAAUUUUAAAUUAGAUUAGGCGGUUAAGUUGUGGGAUGUGAAAGCAGCUGUCAUCCAACAAGAAUACCCCUCCGCUGUUCAUUAUAGGUGGUAAAAGCUCAGCGAAGUUCUUAUUUACUGAUAAGCUAGAUUAAAGCAGGAACCAUCAAGGUACUCUGCAUGAUGUCUGAAUCAGAGCUAGCAAGGUUAUGCAUUUUCUGGAGCAAUUGAUAUUCCUCGCAUCAUUUCCACGUCAGAUUUUGGUAGACAUUGCUGGUAUAUAGUUUGGUAGUUUACACAUUUGUUAGUAAACCUUGACGCGGUAUCAACUGAGGUCCAAACAUUAUCAGCACGAACAGGAUGGUGUCCGAGAGAUAACAUUGGUCGUUAUAUCCUGAUGUUAUGGACUUCUGGGAUACUGUGGCUGCUGUAAUUCUCGAUCAUCCACAUGUUCAGUUUCUUUAUGCUUGAUUCUCUGGUGUUGACCCAUCACCCAGUGCACCUACAGCUUCGGCUUAUAAUAAUAACAGUUGCAAUCUGACGA